AUUCGGGAAUACGCAUUCAUAAAUCAGCCUGUGGUGCUAUUGAUGUUUUAACCGUUAUUUUUCUGGGACUACAUUACCCAUUACCCUUGGACCACAUUACCGUGGAUGGCGUAUCCGGUUUUACGUCGACGUCAUGACGUCAGUCAGCGGCGGCUGCUGCAGCGGGAGAAGUUGAUUUAUCAACAACGGGCGCCUGACAACCAUAAACAUCAAUAAACUGACUUUAAAGUUAUUCAGUCAACACUUUCUGUUUUAUAAAUCAGAUAUAACUGCACGUGAAUGAUUUAGGGAGUAUAAAUGGACGUCAUCAAGGAAUAAAAAAUGGUUUUUGAUGCAUGUUGCAGCUAGCUAGAGGGCUAAUUGUUUACAGUCAACAGGUGAUGCAUUGCUUUCUGCAUUAAUAGCAGGGAUUAAUGAUGGCUUCCAAAGUGUGGCAGCAUCCUUAUGUAAACAUAUUUAAGCAUGUGAAGUUGGAUGAAUGGAGGAAGGCCAGCAAAGAAGGAGAUGUCACAACUUAUAUGGACAAGACGCUCAAGUGCACCGUGUUCCGUAUCCGCGGUUCGGUUCCGGCCAGCAACUACAUCCUGAUUCCCAAAACCAGCAGCCAGUCGCUGGGCCUCACGGGCCGCUACCUGUACCUGCUCUUCAGACCCUGUCCCAAUAAACACUUCGUGGUGCACUUGGACGUGGCUGCUGAGGAGGGUCGUGUGAUUCGUGUGUCAUUCUCCAACCUGUUCAAGGAGUUUAAAUCCACAGCGACAUGGCUGCAGUUCCCCUUCCUGUGUGCAGGUGCACCUGGCUCUGUGUACGAGAGCACUGCCAAGACCGCCAAACACGGUCUGGUGGGUCCGGCUCCAGAGGGUGUGCGCUGGACGUGCCUGAUGAUGGACCUGCGUUACGUGCUUUCUGUCUACCUGAACAGAACGCACAGCCACUUGAAGAGCGUCAAACUGUGUGCCAACAUGGCCGUAAAAAAUCUGGUCACCAGCGACCUGCUGCUGGACCCCGGUCUGUCCUUUUCAGAAUUCCGGCAGACGGGCAUGGUGCUGCCUGAGGGCACGGCCCCUAUGCCCAGAGAUAUGUGCUUUCCUGUGCCAAAAGGCAGCAGCUGGCAUCAGCUCUAUGACUACAUCAGAUUCCCCUCUGACGGUGCAAAGAUGCCAUUUGACUCCAUACAGAAAGGACAGGGCACUCAAGCCUCAACUCCACAAGAACCUCUGGAUGAUAAAAGUCCAUAUCGAGAGGAGAGCCGCAGCGUGGGCAUCAGCAAUCCAGUGCAGGACCGUGUCUCCCUCAUCCAAAAGAUCACCACACCCAAACCCCAUGCUAAGCAGCGCUCACUGCUGCACACCUCCAGCCUGCCUGAGCUCCCCACAGCGCCCUCUGGAGGUGUAGGCAGCCCCAGUUCCACAGGUCGUAGGUCACAGAGCGAGGAGGAAGAGGACGGCAGGGUCGUGUGUGAUGACGGAGACAGCGUGCAUGUGUAUGCUCACUACGAGGACGAUGACAUGAGCAGCCGAUCAACAGAUAGCGAUGAAGUGGCAGUGGUCAACGCAGCUGUUCCUCGUUCACUUCCUCUGCCUUCAGCUAAACCAGCAAAGCAGCAAAGUAAGUUGCACCCUGACCCUAUACUGAAGCUGAGAAGAAUCAUUGGGUUUGGUGGAGCAACAGUGAGAUGUGCUGUGUGGGCUCGUGACGGAGAAGAGGUGGUGUAUCCGUGUCACGCCAUCAUCGUCAGUAUGAAGGUCUCAUCUGGUCAACAGCGCUUUUUCAUCGGCCACACUGAUAAAGUGUCAGCUCUGGCUCUGAACUCCAGCUCGUCUCUGUUGGCGUCGGCUCAGACAGGAACACACUGCCUGGUCCGGCUCUGGAGCUAUAGCAAGGGAGAGGCGCUGACUAUUAUUAAAACACACACACACUCGCUGCACUCACUCAGUUUGUCCUGUAGCGGCGGGGUUCUGUGUGGAGUGGGCAAAGACAGCCAUAACAAAACUACAGUUGUGGUAUGGAACACACAGCGCGUUCUCAAAGGGGGUGUUGUCUCAAUUCUGGCUAAAGCUCACACAGAUGUCGACAUCCAGACCAUGAAGAUAGCCUUUUUCGAUGACACACGCAUGGUAUCCUGCGGCGUGGGUAAUGUGCGCUUAUGGCGUGUGCGCGGCCGCUCUUUGCGCUCAUGCCCCGUUAACCUGGGACAGUAUCACAGCCUGGAGUUUACCGACCUGGCCUUUGAGCAGGGACACACUCCGGGACGACAGCCGGACGAGCGCACCCUCUUUGUGAGCAGUAGAAGUGGCCACAUACUGGAGAUUGACUAUGUCUCAGUGACUAUUCAGAACAUCAGGAGGCUCCUCCCAUCUCAGCAAAGCCACACCCACAGCAGAGAGAAGCAGACCUUCAGUACUGGGCCAGGUAUUGCAGUGAACAGUAUCAGUGUGUGCAGCACAUUCUGUGCAACAGGCUCAGAGGAUGGCUUCCUGCGUCUCUGGCCUCUCGAUUUCUCCUCUGUCUUCCUGGAGGCGGAACACGAAGGGCCAGUUAGUCUGGUGUGUGUUUCUUCUGAUGGUCUGAGCGUCCUGGCAGCCACCAAAACAGGAAACCUCGGCUAUCUGGACGUCAGUAGUCGUGGUUACCGCACACUGAUGAGGUCACACACGGACACAGUGUUGGGCUUCAGUGUGGACGGAACCCGGCGCCAGAUCACCACGGCAUCCCGUGACGGCACCGUCCGUAUCUGGGACGUGGACUCCGCUCAGCAGCUGUAUGACUUUGUAUCUGAUGAUCAUAAUGAUGCCCCGUCCUCAGUGGCGUUCCAUCCCAGGAUGCCCAUCUUUGCCUGUGGUUCCAGCUCUGGGACCGUCAGAAUUUUUGACAUCCCCACAGCCAGCUUAGUAGCCCAACACAGACAGCACCGGGGUGAAGUGGUGGGCCUGGUGUUUUCUCCAGACGGUGAACGCCUCUACAGCGCUGGCUCUCUGGGAUACCUCGCUCUCUAUAACGCUGCCCAACCGGAAUAUGACGUCCUCCGCGUGCUAGGUAACAUGGUUGUGCGAGGUACAGAUCGAGGCCCGGAUGCUUUGGCUGUGAGUUCGGAUAGUAAACGCCUGGCGUUUGUUGGUCCCACAGAAUACAUCGUAACCGUCACGGAUGCGCAUUCGCUCGAUGAGUUAUUACGUGUGGAUGUGAGCGUAUUAGAUGUUGAGAGCACAACACUGGAUUCGGCGUUAAAGGUGUGUUUCUCCCCGUCCUCCCUGUCCCACCUGCUCAUCACCACUUCGGCCAAUAAGAUCCUGUGGAUCAACAGUAACACAGGAAGGCUACUGAGAGAGGUAUCUGAGGUGCACAAGGAUCAGUGCGCAUCUUUGUCCGUCAGUGAAGAUGGACGCUACCUGCUCACUGCUGGACACAACGCAGUGAAGGUCUGGGACUACAACAUGAAACUGGAUGUCAAGUCGCAGGUAUUCAUCGGUCACUCAGAGCCCAUUAGACAGGUGAGCUUCACCCCUGACCAGGUGGGCGUGGUUUCAGUGGGUGACGCCAUCUUUUUCUGGGACUUCCUGGCUCAUCAAAAGGAAGUGCCUUCCUGCACUCUCAGAUCACCAGUAUCCGCCGUCUCUCCUCCUACAGCAGGGAAAGACCGGAUUAGCUCUCCUCCUCAGACAGUGGCUGUGAAACACAGUGAGGUGGAGUUUAAUGGAGGAUUGUCCAGCGGAAUGCCACGACAGGCGGCACCUCUUCCUUCCUCGCCUCCGCCCAUUUUAGACAUGAUCACCAGAGAGAAGACGGGGCAUGAGGAUUCAUCUUUCCUGUCACUCACUGAUUGCGUUGAAGAGGUGCAACCCGGCCCCGACCGUUCCCCUGCUCCUAGACACGCCUCUUUCCUGCGUGUCACUGAAAGGGGCGGAGCCGCAAAAUCAGACACUGCUCCAGUCAGUCAGAUCACGGUGGAGGAAAAUGGAGAGGAGAAGAAGCCGAUCCGUCCAGACUGUUACAAACACUUCAUACCUCGUUACAAAACAACUGCACUUGACCCGAGUGCUGUAACUCCACCUCCAGGACAAGAAGGCCUUAGCCUCAAAGCUGUGAUUGGUUACAAUGGCAAUGGGCGGAGCAACAUGGUCUGGAAUCCAGACACAGGUCUGUUUGUGUACUCUUGCGGGUGUGUGGUGGUGGUGGAGAAUCUCCACAACGGUUCACAGAGACACUGGCUUGGCCACAGCGAGGAGAUCUCAACCCUUGCCGUAACACACGACGCAAAGACAGUGGCCUCUGCGUCAGGAGGUGGGGCAUCUUCCAAGAGCCUCAUUUGCAUAUGGAACGUUCAAGACGGGUCACGCAGAAAUAGCAUUUUGUACCACAAGGGCUCAGUGCAGAGUCUGGCUUUCUCUAGAGACGACCUCUACUUUCUGUCCGUAGGUGAUUUUGAGGAGUCGAGAGUGGCACUGUGGAGCACACACUCGUUUGAGUUGCUCUGUUCGAUCAGUGCGAGCGUCCCACUGCACGAGGCGGUGUUCUGCCCCAGCAGUGCUAGUCAACUGGCGUACGUCGGCUCCAGUGUCAUCUUUUUCUGCUACAUACACACACAUGGCCGUGGAGCGGAGCUACAGGUCCAAACCGUGGGUUUGCCAGAGGAGAUCGGUGAGGCUGAGGUCACAUCACUUUGUUACAGCACUAACUUCAUCCUGUACACCGGGACGAACAGUGGGCGUGUGUGUGUGUGGGACUGCAACACACACCGCUGCUUCAUGACCUGGGAGGCUGACGAUGGCGAAAUCGGCGUGUUGCUGUGUCGUGGUCACAGGCUGCUUACUGGCAGUAACAGUAAGAAGUUAAAACUGUGGUCAGUGGCUGCAGUGCAAAAUCUCAGACCUUCGAACACCAGCAGCCAGGACUGCAACGCUCAGGUGCUGCUAGAGCAGGAGAUGGUGCUGGACGGCACAGUGGUGAGCGCAGCAUUUGAUGAUGUAAUGGACAUGGGAAUUGUGGGUACAACUGCAGGAACGCUGUGGUACAUAAACUGGACAGACAACACCAGUAUACGCUUAAUCAGUGGCCAUAAGAGCAAGGUGAACGGCGUGGUAUGUAGUCCAGACGAGCAUCACUUUGUUACCUGCGGGGCGGAUGGUAGCGUAAGAGUGUGGGCGUUGCCUAGCAACGAGCUGCUGGUCCAGUUUCAGGUGCUCAACCAGAGCUGUGAGUGUGUGUGUUGGAGCCCAGCAGCAGCAGUGUGUGAGCUUGGCACAGUCGGGCACGUGGCCGGAGGCUACAGCGACGGCUCCGUGCGGAUCUUCAGCGUAGCUUCAGCUGAGAUGGAGCUGAAACUGCAGCCUCACCACGGCGCUGUGAGCGCACUGCAGUACUCACACCACGGUCACGUGCUGCUUUCAGGAGGACGAGACGGCGUCAUUGCAGUGAGCAGCCCAUCAAGUGGAGCCUCCUUACGCAUCAUCAAUGACCACAAGGGGGCGGCGGUCAGCGCUAUACAGUGCACAGCCAAGCAGUAUAAAGAGUACGGUCUGGAGGGCAACGAGCUCUGGCUGGCCGUCAGCGCCGACCGCCGCGUCAGCAUCUGGGCAUCCGAUUGGGCAAAGGACAAAUGCGAGCUGCUGGAUUGGCUGACAUUUCCUGCUCCCGCCCCUCUUCAGGACGCAGCGAGCUUGCCGCCCAGUCUGGCAGCGUUCAGCCCCACAGAGAGGGGAAUAGUGGUUUACACGGGGUAUGCUGCUCAGAAAGAACUCACCUUCUACUGCCUGAAAAAGAAACAGGUGAUGAGGACGGUGUCUCUCACUGACUGGGCUCUGUCUCUCAGUCUGUGUUUUAGAGGAAGACUUCUCGCUGUCGGAUCAAACCAGCGUGUGCUGAAGCUGAUCGACUCCUCCAGCGGCCGUUUUCAGGAUUUCACGUGGCACAGCGACUCCGUUCACCACUGCAGUUUCAGCCAGUCAGGAACUCAGCUGUUCACUACAGCACAUGGAGAGGUCUUCCUGUGGAGCCUAAGAGGCCUGUGACACACACACACACACACACACACACGCGCACACACACACACACACACACACACACACAGAGCAAUGGUAUCUCAAAUAAGAUGUGCUCUGGACUAUACAAGAUCAACACUAACACACACACAUGUUACUCUGUGAAGUCCAUUAACAUAUUUUCUCACUACACACACACACACACACACACACACACACGGUAGACUUAUUACUUGGGACCAAGACUGGCUUUUGUUCUUGGUUUUAUUCUCUUUUAUCAUUCGGAGUCUCAAGUCACAAGCCUCUGAGCGUGUGUGUGUUUGGUUAGUUACUUGUGCGAAAGUUCUUUUUAUCACAAUUUAGUUGAGGAUUUAACUUAUGAGAACGUUUGAACACUUUUAUAUGUUUUGAAAUAAACGUCAAAGUUUUGAAACAA